GACCUUUCCCCUCUCCCGCUCACUGCCGCUGCGGCCGAAGGUGGACACCAUGGGCUCCCUCAGGGCUCUGCUUUGCCUGCUGUCCCUGUGCCCAGGCUGGGCUGCAGCGGCCCCCUCCUGCCCGCGGAACGUGAACAUCUCGGGGGGCAACUUCACCCUCAGCCACGGCUGGGCCCCUGGGAGUGUCCUCGUCUACUCCUGCCCCCUGGGCCGGUACCCCGUGCCCACGUCCAGGCUGUGCCUGAGCAGCGGCCGCUGGCAGACCCCGCGAUCCACCCCGCUGACAAGGGCGGUCUGCAAACCUGUUCGCUGUCCCGCCCCCGUUUCCUUUGAGAAUGGCAUGUACACCCCGCGGCUGGGGUCCCACCCCGUGGGCGGCAACCUGAGCUUCGAGUGCGAGGACGGCUUCGUGCUGCGGGGCUCGGCCGUGCGGCAGUGCCGCCCCAAUGGCAUGUGGGAUGGGGAGACGGCCGUGUGUGACAGUGGCGCCGGCCACUGCCCCAGCCCAGGCAUCCCCGUGGGCUCGGUGCGGACGGGGUCCCGAUUUGGCCUUGGGGACAAGGUCAGCUACCGCUGCUCCUCGAAUCUGGUGCUGACAGGGUCGGCAGAGCGGGAGUGCCAGGGCAGUGGGGCCUGGAGCGGGAGCGAGCCCAUCUGCCGCCAACCCUACUCUUACGACUUUCCUGAGGACGUGGCCCCUGCGCUGGGCACCUCUUUGUCCCACCUGCUUGGAUCCACCAAUCCCACCCAGAAGAAGAAGGAGGGCGUGGGCCGGAAAAUCCAAAUCCAGCGAUCUGGUCACCUGAACCUCUACCUGCUCCUGGACGCCUCUCAGAGCGUGAAGGAAGAAGACUUCCGCAUCUUCAAGGACAGCGCCGCCCUCAUGGUGGACAGGAUCUUCAGCUUUGAGAUCAACGUGAGUGUCGCCAUCAUCACCUUUGCGUCACAGCCCAAAAUCAUCAUGUCGGUCCUGCAUGACAACUCCCGGGACGCGACCGAAGUGAUCUACAGUCUGGACAACAUCAACUAUAAAGACCAUGAGAAUGGAACCGGGACCAACAUCUACAAGGCGCUAGACAGUGUCUACAUCAUGAUGAAUAACCAAAUGCAUCGCCUGGGCAUGAGCACCGCGGCCUGGGAGGAAAUCCGACACGCCAUCAUCCUGCUGACAGAUGGAAAGUCCAAUACCGGGGGCUCUCCCAAGCUGGCUGUUGACAAUAUCAAAGAGGUCUUGAACAUCAACCAGAGGAGGAGCGACUACCUGGACAUCUACGCCAUCGGGGUGGGCAAGCUGGAUGUGGACUGGCGAGAACUGAACGAGCUGGCCUCCAAGAAGGAUGGCGAGAGGCACGCCUUCAUCCUGCAGGACGCACAGGCUCUGCGCCAGGUCUUCGAGCACAUGCUGGACGUCUCCCAGCUCGUGGACACCAUCUGCGGGGUGGGGAACCUGUCCGCUAAUGCCUCUGCCCAGGAGCGGACGCCCUGGCACGUCACCAUCAAGCCCAAGAGCCGGGAGACCUGCCGGGGGGCCCUCAUCUCGGACCAGUGGGUCCUGACAGCUGCUCACUGCUUCCGCCACGCUGACCAGGACCGGUCCCUGUGGAGGGUCACCGUGGGGGAUCCCAGCUCCCACUUGGGCAAAGAGUUCCAAAUCGAGCAGGUAGUGAUCUCCGACGGCUUUGACGUCAUUGCCAAGAGGCCGCAGGGCAUCCGCGAGUUCUACGGGGACGACAUCGCCCUGCUGAAGCUGGCCCAGCGGGUGAAGAUGUCCACCCACGCCAGGCCCAUCUGCCUUCCCUGCACGGUGGGGGCCAACCUGGCCCUGCGGAGACCCCCGGGCAGCACCUGCCGGGACCACGAGAGCGAGCUUCUGAGCAAGCUGAGCGUUCCUGCUCAUUUUGUGGCCUUGAAUGGGGACACACUGAACAUUAACCUCAAGACAGGGUCGGAGAGGACACGCUGUAUUGAGGUCGUUUCCCAAGACAAAACCUGGUUCCCCAACUUGACAGACGUCAGAGAGGUGGUGACAGACCAGUUCCUGUGCAGUGGGAUGGAGAACGAUGACCAUCCCUGCAGGGGAGAAUCUGGAGGCGCGGUUUUCCUUGAGCGGAGAUUCAGGUUUUUUCAGGUGGGCCUGGUGAGCUGGGGUCUCUACAACCCCUGUGGCAGUUCCGGUGGGAACUCCCGCAAGAAAGCCCCCCGAGACAAGGUCCCCCCGCCCCGCGACUUCCACAUCAGCCUCUUCCGCCUGCAGCCCUGGCUGCGGCAGCACCUGGGGGGCGUGCUGCACUUCCUGCCCCUCUAGGCGUCCUCUCCCACGCCCUCCUCUGCCUCUGCCUUCAGACCCGGGACCUCCUCACUCCUCGCCCGGGCAGCGCCCACCCACCCUCGGCUUUACCCACUCACUCCUUUCACUUGCACGUGGAAUUUCCCAGUUUUAGACUUUAAUAAAAAUCUGAUUUCCA